CCCGCAACACGGGGGUGAUCUCCUGCACCGUCUGCCUGGAGGAGUUCCAGACGCCCAUCACCUACCUGUCGGAGCCAGUGGAUGUCUACAGCGACUGGAUCGACGCCUGCGAAGCUGCCAACCA